AUGAAAUUCACCUCUGUCAAAAAUUUCUUUCAACCGCCAGCUGCGACUCUCACGCAUAAUUUGGCCUCUAUAUCUUGGAACGCUGCAGAGUGGACCUUCAGACAGCUUGGUAUCAAGGAUAGGAUUAGUGGCGAAGAUAGCGUUCCUGCUGGGCAAUAUGUUGUCAUGAGCAAUCUCGAGACAGUGUUCCAGGAAUUCAAACAGCAGGUUGCUGGACGGACUUCCAACUUCGACCGAACUUUUACUAGAUUACAAUUCCAGUCUCUGUUCGCGCCGACAUUAGUGGCUGGUCAGUGUCUCUCGGACCAAGACUUGGAGGUACUGCUCACCUUCUUGUCCAGGGAUAAGGGAUUCAUCGACUACAAUGGCGACAUAAUACGCAUUCGAAGUUCUUCAGACAGGUCGAAUAUAGGCCCAGAAGAUGUUGCAAUAGCGUCGGUAAAAGAACUGACUGCGAAUCUUCGACAUCAAACUGUAGCUCUCAACCUUCGAGUCGAUUCUCUCAACCGCGAGAUAAAGAGCGCACUCUCAAAAAACAACCGGGUCGCUGCUCAGGCUUCGCUGAAAUCUAGGAAGCUGGCUGAAUCCUCGCUUGUAAAGCGAUACGCCACACUAAACCAACUUGAGGACAUAGCUGCCAAGCUGCAGCAAGCAUCGGAUCAAGUUCAGCUUGUAGCCGUGAUGAAAUCAUCCGCCAAUGCCUUACGGAGUAUCAAUACCCGAGUCGGAGGCAGCGAUAGGGUCGACGAAGUGAUGCACCAAAUCCGAGAACAGAUGUCAGAGGUGGAUGAGGUAGCAGCGAUCUUGGCAGAAUCUACAGGAGAAACUAUCGAUGAGUUAGAAAUACAGGACGAAUUGGAAGCACUAGAGACCGAAACCCGAGAGGCAGCGCGUUUGACCAAAGAAAAGAAGGAGGAGGUGCAGGAGGCCCACGAAAUAAAGGAAAUGCAUAACGAAUUAGCAAAGCUGCCGGACAUCCCUACCGAAAUUGUUUCAGAAAGCGACAAAUCAAAGACUCAGGCGAUCGAGAAACAAGUCGCCGGUCUAUCUCUCGAUCACAUCUAG